GUCAUGGCCUUUAACUUCAGUUCGAUAAACAUCCGUAUUUGAUUUCGUAGCCAUUUGUGGCUCCACACAAUGGCCUAAAUAUUUCGGAAAGCACCUUUCAAAAUUCUUUGGUUUUUUUGUAAUCUUGGGUGCAUUCCUUGACUUUUCCCAUCUUUAAGAUGGACUAGGGGCUUUUGAAAUUUAAGACCUCAUUUUCUGAAGCUCAAAACAUGGCCUUGAAACCCCAGAGAUCCGCGACGUCUGUCAGCUUCGCCCAGCCGAAACAGGGACGACGAGCCUCUGCCGGUCCGGAUGAGAUCAACAACACUUACAUCAAGCAGAUCGUGAACGACUGGCGGAACUCCGUGCGGGAACGACGUUUUACUACGGACUUGGACGAUUCGGCGACGUCCUCCGCGACGGAACUGCCCAGGGCCAACUCGAAGAAAUCCAUUACGACUACCAGUAUCAUUCGCCCGAGCAUCCAGAGACCGCAUCUGCUGCGCAAUUACAGCAAACCUGUGGAUAUCGAGCACGGAAAGGGUUCCGCCGAGGCAGAUCGUAUAGUCGUCGCAGAGGGCAUUGACCUAUACAUCCACCAACCCAUCAAGGUCGGGUUCUCCAAGCCAUUACAAGCCCCCAAAAUUAUUUGAAAUGAUUAAGGAAUCACCUGCCAUCCUCUGGAUGCCAGAACUGAAUAAAGAUCUUCCAAAGGUGCCACCGAGUCCUCUUUCUGUAACUGUCUUCAAAUAUACGACUACUUUAUAAUUUGUCACUA